CUAGUGGAAACAUCACUAGGAUUAUUUUAUAUUUAAUUCAAAAGAUGGAUCCUUUCACCUGAGUCUUACACACUGCAGCUUUAAAUGGUCUGUGAGCAACUCUCAUAUCUACUGUAAAGAGAGAGAGGAGGAGCCUGAGAACAGGGAAGUGUCAGACUCCAUUUUCACCUGGAUGAGCAGAAGGAAGAAAAGUGAGCAGUGUUUUUCCACUAAGACUGAAGAUGAGUGUUUAUGAGGAAGAAGAGGAGGACAGAGCAGAGUCUCCAGUGUUCAGCUGUGUGUCUCUGAAGAGUGACAUGUCCAAAGGACUUCCUCUAACCUUCAGUAAUGAACCUGGACCCUCACACACAAAAGGUCAGGACCACAGACUGAGAGCAGAGUCUCCAGGGUCCAGCUGUGUGUCUCUGAAGAGUGACUGGUCCAUGAUACAUCCUCCAGUCUUCAGUAAUGAACCUGGACCCUCACACACAGAGGAGAGGAAGAGGAGUCAUGUUUCUGAGGAGGAGCAGUCGUCCUGCUGUGCUUCGUGUCAGGACGUCCUGAAGGAUCCAGUCUCCACCACCUGUGGACACUGGUUCUGCAGACAGUGCAUCACCUCGUACUGGGACCAGUCUGGUUCUUCAGGAGACUCCUCCUGUCCCCAGUGUGGACAAAGAUCCAGAACAGGAGCUGGAGCUCAGACAGCCGGUCAGAGUUCUUGUCUUUCAGCAGAUCGUGGUCUGCAGGAGGUUUUAGAUGAACAUAAGCUCAGUGUGAGGAGGAGAUGUGAACAUGUGACUGAAGGAACUGAUGAAACAGGAAGUGGAACCCUCCUCAACAGGAUCUACACUGAGCUCUACAUCACAGAGGGACAGAGUGAAGAGGUUAAUACUCAACAUGAGGUGAGGCAGCUUGAGACGGCUUCCAAGAUGAAGAGCCUCCACGACACUCCCAUCAAGUGCCACGACAUCUUUAAAGCCUCAACUGACCAGCAGAGCAGCAUCAGAGUCGUCCUGACCAACGGCGUCGCUGGCGUUGGAAAACCUUCGGUGCAGAAGUUCACUCUGGACUGGGCAGAGGGUUUAGAAAACCAAGAUGUGGAUCUGCUGACUGUGCUUUCGUUCAGGGAGCUGAACCUGGUGAAGGACCAGCAGCACAGUCUUCUCACGCUGCUCCGUGUUUUCCAUCCAGCGUUACAGAAGCUCACGGCAGAGACGCUCGCUGUCUGUAAACCUUUGUUCAUCUUUGACGGCCUGGAUGAAAGCAGACCUUCUCUGGACUUCAACCACAGGGAGCUUGUGACUGAUGUCGCACAGAGGUCAUCAGUCAACGUGCUGUUGACAAACCUCAUCCGGGGGAAUCUGCUUCCCUCGGCUCUCGUCUGGAUAACCUCCAGACCUGCGGCGGCCAAUCAGAUCCCUCCUACAUGUGUUGACAGGGUCACAGAAGUACGAGGCUUCACUGACGCCCAGAAGGAGGAGUACUUCAGGAGGAGAUUCAGUGAUGAAGAGCUGUGCAGCAGAAUCAUCUCACACAUCAAGACGUCCAGGAGCCUCCACAUCAUGUGUCAAAUCCCAGUCUUCUGCUGGAUCAGUGCUACAGUUCUGGAGCACAUGUUGACCACAGACCAGAGAGGAGAGCUGCCCAAGACCCUGACUGACCUGUACUCACACUUCCUGCUGGUUCAGACAAAGAGGAAGAACAACAAGUACGGUGAGGGACAUGAGACGACUCCACAGCAGCUGACGGAGGCUGACAGGGACGUUCUUCUGAAGCUGGGGAGGCUGGCGCUUAAACAUCUGGAGGAAGGAAACAUCAUGUUUUACCAAGAAGACCUGGAGCGGUGUGGUCUUAAUGUCACAGAGGCCUCAGUGUACUCAGGAGUUUGUACUGAGAUCUUCAGAAGAGAGUGUGUGAUCUUCCAGAAAUCAGUCUACUGCUUUGUUCAUCUGAGCGUUCAGGAGUUUCUGGCUGCAGUCUACAUGUUCCACUGUUACACCAAGAGGAACACAGAAGAACUCAACAACUUCUUUGGAACAUAUGGGAACACAGGCAGUACCUCCUCCCUGGAUGACCUCCUGAAGAGAACCAUGGAGAAAUCCCUCACCAGUAAAAAUGGUCAUCUGGACCUGUUUGUUCGCUUCCUUCACGGCCUCAGUCUGAAGUCCAACCAGAGAGUCUUAGGAGGCCUGCUGGGUCGGACAGAGAACAAUCCAAAUAUCAUCCAGAGAAGAGUCAUCAACAACCUGAAGGAGAUGGAGAGUGGUGACAUUUCUCCUGACAGAAGCAUCAACAUCUUCCACUGUCUGACUGAGAUGAACGACCACUCAGUUCAUCAGCAGAUGCAACAGUUCCUGACGUCAGAGAACAGAUCAAAGGAGGAACUCUCUGAGAUCCACUGCUCAGCUCUGGCCUACAUGCUGCAGAUGUCAGAGAAGAUUCUGGAUGAGUUGGACCUGGAGAAGUUCAACACAUCAGACCAGGGUCGACGGAGACUGAUCCCAGCUGUGAGGAACUGCAGGAAGGCUCGACUCGGUGGUUGUGGACUCUCAGAGACUCACUGUGAAGUCGUGGCCUCAGCUCUGAAGUCAGACCCCUCACAUCUGAGAGAACUGGAUCUGAGCUUUAACGACCUGCAGGAUUCAGAAGUGAAGCUGCUGUGUUCUGGACUGGAGAGUCCAAACUGUCGACUGGAGACUCUGAGGUUGGAGAGAUGCAGUCUGUCAGAGAUCAGCUGUUCUUCUCUGGCUUCAGCUCUGAGGUCAAACCCCUCUCAUCUCAGAGAACUGAAUCUGAGUAACAACAAGCUGCAGGACUCAGGAGUGAAGGAGCUGUGUGGUUUUCUACAGAGUCCAACCUGUCGACUGGAGACUCUGAGGUUGAUUCACUGCAGAAUGUCAGAGAUCAGCUGUUCUUCUCUGGCUUCAGCUCUGAGGUCAAACCCCUCUCAUCUGAGAGAACUGGAUCUGACUGACAACGACCUGCAGGACUCAGGAGUGAAGGAGCUGUGUGGUUUUCUACAGAGUCUAACCUGUCGACUGGAGACUCUGAGGUUGGAGAGCUGCAGUCUGUCAGAGAUCAGCUGUUCUUCUCUGGCUUCAGCUCUGAGGUCAAACCCCUCUCAUCUGAGAGAACUGGAUCUGAGCUACAACAACCUGCAGGACUCAGGAGUGAAGGAGCUGUGUGGUUUUCUACAGAGUCCAACCUGUCGACUGGAGACUCUGAGGUUGAUUCACUCCAGUCUGUCAGAGAUCAGCUGUUCUUCUCUGGCUUCAGCUCUGAGGUCAAACCCCUCUCAUCUGAGAGAACUGGAUCUGAGUAACAACAACCUGCAGGACUCAGGAGUGAAGGAGCUGUGUGGUUUUCUACAGAGUCCAACCUGUCGACUGGAGACUCUGAGGUUGAUUUUCUGCAGUCUGUCAGAGAUCAGCUGUUCUUCUCUGGCUUCAGCUCUGAGGUCAAACCCCUCUCAUCUGAGAGAACUGGAUCUGAGUAGAAACAACCUGCAGGACUCAGGAGUGAAGGAGCUGCUUGAUCUAAAGGAGAGUUCAGGCUGUCGACUGGAGACUCUGAGAGCUCCAUCCGCCGCUGGAAAUAGUCCCCAACAAAUGCACUGUUUCCUCUGUGAGCAGCUGUUUCAGAAGCUCCACUCCACAGGACAACGUGCUGAGUUUCGUUGCGUGAUACAGAUCUUCACAUUCUAG